AUGGCUCAGCCGGCCGGCCAGGCGGGCGGCGGGGAGCCGCGGGCGGAGCCGGCGGGAGGCGAGGAGCCGCCGGAGCCCGGGGCGGCCGGCGGGGCGGCCGGAGGCCCGCAGGACGCGCUGAGCCUGGAGCAGAUCCUGCGUCUCUACAACCAGCCCAUCAACGAGGAGCAGGCGUGGGCCGUGUGCUACCAGUGCUGCGGCUCCCUGCGCGCCGCCGCCGCCCGCCGCCGCCAGCCCCGCCGCCGCGUGAGCUCGGCCGCGCAGAUCCGCGUCUGGAGGGACGGCGCCGUCACCCUGGCGCCCGCCGCCGACGACGCGGGAGAGCCGCCCCCAGCCGCGGGUAAAUUGGGGUAUUCACAUUGUACAGAAACAGAGGUUAUUGAAUCUUUGGGAAUUAUUAUUUAUAAAGCACUGGACUAUGGUUUGAAGGAGAAUGAAGAGAGGGAAUUGAGCCCUCCCCUGGAGCAGCUCAUCGAUCAUAUGGCCAACACGGUAGAAGCCGAUGGUAGCAACGACGAAGGCUCUGAGGCUGCAGAUGAAGGCCUGGAAGAUGAAGACAAUGAAAAGAGGAAAGUCUCAGCUAUUCGGUCGUAUAGAGAUGUCAUGAAGUUAUGUGCUGCUCAUCUCCCAACUGAAUCAGAAGCACCAAAUCAUUAUCAGGCAGUAUGUCGUGCACUAUUUGCAGAAACAAUGGAGCUACAUACAUUUCUGACCAAAAUUAAGAGUGCAAAGGAGAAUCUUAAGAAAAUUCAAGAAAUGGAAAAGAGUGAUGAAUCUAGCACAGACUUGGAGGAGCUGAAAAAUGCUGACUGGGCACGAUUCUGGGUACAGGUGAUGAGGGAUUUGCGGAAUGGGGUAAAACUUAAGAAGGUCCAAGAGCGGCAGUAUAACCCUUUGCCCAUUGAAUAUCAGCUCACCCCAUAUGAGAUGCUAAUGGAUGACAUUCGGUGCAAAAGAUACACUUUGCGAAAAGUGAUGGUGAAUGGUGAUAUUCCCCCUCGGCUAAAAAAGAGUGCUCAUGAAAUCAUCCUUGACUUUAUCAGAUCAAGACCUCCUUUAAACCCAGCCUCAGCCAGAAAACUGAAACCAACCCCACCACGGCCACGGAGCCUCCAUGAAAGAAUAUUAGAAGAAAUUAAAGCAGAAAGAAAGCUGCGCCCUGUCUCACCAGAGGAGAUUAGACGUAACAAAUUACAUGUAACUACCCCUGAAUCUCCAAAGAAUGUUGUGGAAUCAUCUGUGGUGAAUGGAGGUUUAACAUCACAAACAAAAGAAAAUGGGUUAAGUGCAGCACAACAGGUGCCUGUGCAGCGGAAGAAGCUCCUCAAAGCCCCAACCUUGGCUGAACUGGACAGCUCAGAGUCGGAGGAGGAAACUCUGCGCAAGUCGUCCAGCAGCAGCAGCGUGUCUCCCUCCUUCCUUGAAGAUGCAGCGUUGGAUCCGGCAUCCACCAAGAAGAAGCCUCCAAAAUUCUUGCCCAUAUCGUCAACCCCGCAGCCGGAGCGCCGGCAGCCGCCGCAGCGGCGACAUUCCAUCGAGAAGGAAACGCCCACGAACGUGCGCCAGUUCCUGCCGCCCUCGCGGCAGAGCUCCCGCUCCCUCGUGCCUAGGAUAACCAGUGUAUGGCCAAGGACGCCUUUCCGACCACUUUUUUCUACCAUACAAACAGCUUCUCUGCUCAGCUCUCAUCCUUUCGAAGCAGCCAUGUUUGGGGUAGCAGGGGCUAUGUAUUAUCUAUGUGAGAGAGCUUUUACCAGCAGGUGGAAAUCCUCAAAGGAGGAAUUCUGCUACCCAGUGGAAUGCCUUGCUCUUACUGUGGAAGAAGUGAUGCAUAUUCGUCAGGUGCUGGUGAAGGCAGAGCUGGAAAAAUACCAACAGUAUAAAGAUGUCUACACUGCCCUGAAAAAAGGAAAGCUCUGCUUUUGUUGCCGAACCAGGAGGUUUUCCUUCUUCACCUGGUCUUAUACCUGUCAGUUCUGUAAGAGGCCGGUGUGCUCACAGUGUUGCAAAAAGAUGCGGCUGCCCUCCAAGCCAUACUCCACUCUUCCUAUCUUUUCAUUGGGACCUUCUGCCUUGCAAAGAGGGGAAAGCUCUAUGAGGUCAGAAAAACCCUCUGCUGGCCACCAUCGGCCACUUCGGAGCAUUGCCAGGUUCUCCUCAAAAUCUAAGUCUCUGGACAAAUCAGAUGAAGAACUCCAAUUUCCCAAAGAGCUAAUGGAGGACUGGAGCACUAUGGAGGUGUGUGUGGACUGCAAAAAGUUCAUUUCGGAAAUCAUCAGUUCAAGCCGGCGCAGCCUGGUGUUGGCCAACAAAAGAGCCCGAUUAAAAAGGAAAACACAGUCUUUCUAUAUGUCCUCACCAGGCCCCUCGGAGUACUGCCCUUCAGAGAGGACGAUCAAUGAGAUCUGAGCCUCGUGCCUUUCAGUUGCUUUUGUGUUCAGAGUCGGCAUCAGUGCACGGGAACACUGAACCGGACUGUCUCUCCCUUCCAUGGUUUUAUUUAAUAGGCUUGAAUUUGCAUUAGAUCAGAUUUUUUGCUGCAUCACAUUGUUCCACAGACUGAAUGCUGUGUUUAUAUCGAUUGAUGAUACGUGACAGGUCAGCCAAUUGCUCAUUUGCACUGAGAGGACAGUAGUUUGAAACUUGCUUUUGUGUGUCUGUGGCUUUGGAAGCCAGAAACUUUUUCCUUAGUUCAGUUUUUUAUUGUUCCUUGAAUAAUUUCCUGACUAAGGCAAAAAGCUUCUCCUAUGAGAAAUCAGCCUAACAGAGGUGUCGAUGUUAGCACAGUCCUAAGCAGUAAGUCAUAUUGGCAUUUCCACGUGACAGUGUUUCUACCCCAUGUACAUAGUGAUCCAGAGCCCUGCCACACACCAGGUACCUGGAGGCGGGCCGGGCUGUCUAUCGUCUUACAGCACAAAACCUAGAAGGAUUUGCUGAUACUAUCAACUGAUUUUUAAAUUAUUGUUGCUCUGAGAUAAAAAUUGCACAAGGGACUUGAUGUCUGUGUUCUAGUGCAAAACAUCUGAAUGAGCUGCACACCCACGUGGGUGGCUGUUUCCUUUGAGCUGCCGUGUUUGUCCCGGUGCCAUGGAUCGGAGUCUCCCAAGGAGGGGACAGGUUUUCAUUCCCUAUCUUGAAUGUAUUAUGGUCACUAAUAGUUUUAUAAUGAGUGUCUAAGAAUUAAAGUUUUGUGGGAGUCUCGACAAAGGAAGGCUGAAGAGUUGUCAGGAGUGUGUAUAUUCUGUUAGCUGUGAGAAGGGCUGCGGCAGUGUAGGCUGCCAGCUGUUGGCCACACUGCGGGACAGGAGCUGGAGCUCAUGGUUUUCAGCUGUGUUUUUCAUAACUUUAUAAUGCAGCCACCGUGACUAAAUUAAGCCACAAUUUGGUAUCUAAGGUCUCAAACUGAAAUUUAUUUUUAUAGAUGAAUUUUAAAAGAAAAAUAUCUAGCUCUUCUAAAAUUAGAAGAAAAUUAACCUGCUGACAGACAAAACUUUCAGAUGCUUUUUGCACUAGUUUUCCUUGUAAAUGACGUGAAUGAGCAGGUUGGGUUUCUGAUGAAAGUGCAUUGAGGGUGCGUCGUGUACCUGAGAUGUCUCAGCGUGUUUGGCCCACACCGGGGGCUGUACUUUAUUAUUUUGGUGUGCUUACAGAUGACCAGCCAAUCAAAUUGUUAUUACUGUUUGGAAAAUCAAUUAAUGCAGAUGCACAAUGAUUUCCUGAAAGCCACAGGACACAUCUGUAGUCAGCACCGUUUAAUGAGAGGCAUGGCAGUCGCAUCUCAUCCUGCAUUGAAAUACAGUAACAUUUCCAUACGAAAUUAACAGUAAUACCUCAAGACUGCUCUGGUAGUAGUUUUUAAAUGGAUUGAAAUUUACAAUUUAGAAAAUGGCUUAAAAUGACUUAUACUUAUGAAAUAAACUUUACCAAUUGACUAAAAUAAUGCAUGUUAACAGUUCAUCUGAAUUUGCAUGUUAGUGGGCCAGCAGAGAACCCUUAUUGAUUAUUUAAGUGUUUGAAUUAUUUUAAAGACUCCUGUUUAAAAGCUUUAAAAAUUGUAUUGGGUGAAUCUCAUUUAUAAAAUUUUCUAAGAGACUAUCUGACAGUUAGGUGGGACCCACCCCCUUUACUGGCCCCAGGCUUGAGCUUCUUAAAUAACUGCCAGGGAAGGUACACAGGGGAGGAAAUGGUAUUUGUAUAUGUAUAUAAACAUGCAGCUAGGAGAAUGUGCUUUUUAAACUAAUGAAUAGUUACUGUUUUUAUUAAAACAUAAGAAACUACAUCCCCCAAAUGAGAAUUUCAUUCACGUUCACAAAGCAAAUAUCUAGUAAAUCUCUCUCUUUUACUUCACUUCUUUGGGUCUAUGUUACUAUAUAGGAUGAUUUGGGCAUUAUGAUCACCUCUUAUUAGAGCAUUAGAAUAUAAAUUCUUCAACAGCAUUAACAGGGUUUGCCAAGUGCAUUAAAGAAGUCAAGUGGAUGGUGUGUCCAUGUGAAACAGUUUGCAGGAAGCAGUAUAAGUAAGGGCACAUGGCACACUUAAAGUUGUAAAAAUCAAAUUAGCAUCAUUUUUUGGUUGCCAAAGCAAAUUCUUGCAUUUAACCCUCCCAUAUCCAUGGUAUGUACACCCUCCUUCAACACUUCACCUGAGUUAGGUAAUUCACUAGGAGCUUAUGAAGCUUGGUUUUAAAAAACCUUAGCCUCGUCCAACUUUAGGCACAGCUUCCUGUUCCUCCUUCUAAAACAGCCUCCCUUUGCAGUGUUCCUUUUUGUCCUGGUUUCCUGCUCUUCAGGUUUUACUUCUAAUCCAACAACAACAAAACUGUUGCAGUCUGGCUGGUCUCACUUGGAGUCCCCUGCAUCUCUGAGCACAUGUGCAUGUCUGAGCAGUCGUCCCUGCUCUCACCCCAGCUCCCUCCAGGCCUGGGCACCAGUUCCUUUUGUCCCACAUGGCAUGAAGUCACACUGUUGGGAAGCCUGUGCUUCCUCCCCAUGGCUUAACUUUCUGUUAGCAUUGGAGUGUACAAGGAUGCUUCUAAAUACUGUAGCAUAUUUAUUAAUAUUUAAAAGGCAUUCAUUCAGUGGACAAUGGGCUUAACUCUCCCAAGGCAAGUGAAAACUCAAAUAAUUGAUAUAUACACUAACAUAUAUACACUAACUUAACUUAGAUUCCAAGUCUUAAGCCUUCCAAAUUAAACCAGAGGUUGUUAUGUAGGAGUUUUAAAAAUAAUCUUAUGUUCGAAGGGAUAUGUGAUUAGCACCAUGAACCCAUACCAUGAAAUUUUUAAGGCUUUUAUUUUUCUAAUUUCAUUAAUAAAUAUAGUACUGGAUUUUAGGUAUCAUAUAGGAAACAUGAAAGUUUUAAAUUAUGUUGCCAUUUGCUAAAGCAAAAUAGCAGAAAAUUUUGUACAUGCAACACUGUUGAAGGACCAUGACGAAAUGUAUACUACGGACUGGGCUUCUGCCUGGCUUCCUGGGCAUGUGAAAGUCCAGGCCUUGCUGGCGUUCAGGGGGAUGUGAUCGUACUAAAUGUUUUCCAUUACAGUCUUUUAUUUUAAAAGUUAUCUAGGGAUAAAUAAAAUGGCUUUCCGUGGUA